AUGCAUACGAAAACUGAUACAACUUAUAACGAUGAUCUUAUGAACAAUGAAAAACGUAUUCCAAAAUAUUUUACUAAUGAUAUUAACGAUAGUUUAAUAUUAGAGAACUCUUUCCCAAAUAAUUUCGAUUUGACUAGCGAUAACUCGAACAACAAUGAUGAUUACAUGAAUAUCAACUUUUCAAAUGAUGGUAAUGAUAAUGAUAUAAAUAUUGACCUGGCCGAUAGUUAUCUGAAUGAUAAUUAUAAUAAUACAAAUGUUGACAUAGUUAACGAUAAUUCAAACGAUGAAGGUUCUA